AUGGCAUUAGCUGGAAACACCAAUUUUUUACUUGGUGCUUCUCAUACUAGUCAUACUCGAUCAACAGCAGCAGCUCGUCAUCAUAAUUCAAUACCUGAAACUCCAAAUCUUCGUACAUUACAUCGUUUAACUUCAUCUGUUCAAUCAUUCGAAGAUACACUUUCAUUAGCAUCACCAUGUACAUCAACAUCCUACCCAUAUUUAGAACAAUUUGCAGCUAAAAAUGCAUCAUUUUUUACUAUACCAACAACAGAAUAUAGAGAUUCAACAGCAUUUACUAGUCUUGGUCGGGUAGAUAAUUAUCGUUCAACUUCAGCUAUUCUUCCAUCAAAUGUUACUUCUCCCGAUGAUACACAUAAUAAAUCAUCCGAUGAAACGACAGGUUCAACAUAUUUAUCACAUGUAACAGCAACAAUUCCAUCAGAUAUAAAUGAAAGAAAUUUACCAAUUGAAGUUCGUGUUCGUUGUAUUUUUUUACGUGUUGGAGAAAUAGAUACACUUAAUGAACGAUAUACAAGUGAGAUCUUUUUUGAAGCAUCAUGGUUUGCACGUGAUUAUAAAAUUGGAUCAAAAUAUGAACCACAAAUGGGUCAUUUCAAUCCACAAUUGAUUGUUCUUAAUAAUAUGGGAGAUUCAUUAAGACAUGAUAAAUGGUAUUCAACUAGUAAAACAAAUGAAAAUGGUUUAAUAGAAAUAACAGAAUAUCAUAAAUUUAAAGGCGUAUUUUGGGAACGUAUGGAAUUAAAUCAUUUUCCAUAUGAUGUACAAGAAUUAUCAAUUUCAUUAACAACACCAUUAACACAAAAUGAUAUACAUUUUGUUGAAAAUAAAGAAAAACCAUCUGGUGUUAAUCGAACUGUAUUUAGUGAUCAACAAUCAUGGCAUUUAUAUGAACAUGUUGAAUUUCAAUUUGAACAAUAUCGAGAAGAAUAUUCAAUAAAUUAUGAUCAAUUACAUCCUGUUCUAGUUUGUACAUGUCAUGUUGGAAGAAAAUGUGGUUAUUAUGUUUGGAAUGCAUAUUUUUUAAUAUUUCUUAUAACUUCAGCAGCUCUUUCAACAUUUUCAAUACCACCAUCAAAUUCUCAUGGUCGUUUACAGAUAACAUGUACUCUUUUAUUAACAUCGGUUACAUUCAGAUGGGUAGUUAAUAAAUCUCUUCCAACAAUAUCAUAUUUAACAGCAUUGGAUAUUUAUGCUAUUGCAUCUAUAGUUGCUUUAUCUUCAUAUUUAACACCAAUUGCAACAAAUGCGCUUCAUUUAUCACUUUAUCCUGAAUAUUCUCUCUGUCGUUUAGAUCGUUAUGGGUUUUAUGUUUUGUCAUUUGCAUUUUGUCUUUAUCAAAUUUUAAUAUUGCUUUGGACAUUCUGGACACCUUAUAAACGACGUCGAGUUAUGCAACGUAAAGAUGAAAAAAAUCGAGAAGAUUUCAUAAGUAAAUUUGGACAGAGUGAAUCAUCAAGUGGAAAAGUAAAUUGA